AUGAGGCUCAGGCUGGGCAGGGCACUGUCGUUUGUGUGCCUCAGCGCAGCCUUCUCCUUUGCCUGGUAUGCAACGUGGAGCGGGAACGGAGGAAGUGGUUUAGAUUUGUACCAAAGACAGCUUCUGGAACUUCGUCAAAGACUCUUAUAUGCUGAAAAAGAAAACAAAAAAAGAUCCCAUGAGCUGAGCAAUGUCCUGAAUGAAAUCAAACGAGUCAUUGGCGAGCCAACCAACACUUCAGUAAAUGUUACAGACUCUACAAAGUGGAAAGUGUUGAGUCUCCCAGUCCAUCUUACAAGCAAACUCCCACUACGUCUUACAAAUAUCCAGUACUACCUGCCUCAUCUACAGGAGCAUGAAGAUGGGAUUAAUCCAAAUGUUGUAAUUGGACAAGGAAGGGCUGGGGUGUCCCUGAUAAUGGGUAUUCCAACAGUGCGAAGAGAAAAGAAAGAUUAUUUGAUGAAAACGCUAGAUUCCCUUUUCUAUGGAAUGUCUGAAGAACAGAAGAACAAUUGUAUGAUUGUUGUCUUUGUCGCAGAGGUGGAUUCAGAAUAUGUUAAUAACAUUGCAGAAAGCAUCAGAAGCAGCUUCCCAGAUGAGGUACUCUCUGGAGUUCUAGAGGUUAUUUCUCCCCCUGCUUCCUAUUAUCCUGAGCUCUCCAAUCUCAAGGAAACCUUUGGGGACUCUAAGGAGAGAGUAAGGUGGAGAACAAAACAAAAUUUGGAUUAUAGCUUCUUAAUGCUAUAUGCCCAGCCGAGGGGAACAUUUUAUUUACAGCUAGAAGAUGAUAUUGUAGCCAAACCUGAAUAUAUGCAGAUAAUAGAAAACUUUGCUGCACAGCAGGAAUCAAAGGAGUGGAUGAUCCUAGAAUUUUCUCAGCUUGGGUUUAUUGGGAAAUUGUUCCGGUGCAGAGACUUACCACUGAUAGUAGAAUUUUUUUUAAUGUUCUACAAAGAUAAACCAAUUGACUGGCUUCUAGACCACUUACUUUGGGUUAAAGUUUGCCAUCCCGAGAAAGAUGGAAAACACUGUGGAAGGCAAAAGGCCUCCUUGCGCAUCCGUUAUAAGCCAUCUCUCUUUCAGCAUGUGGGAAUGUAUUCUUCUUUAGCAGGAAAAAUACAGCAUUUGAAAGAUAAAGAUUUUGUCAAAAGCUCAUUAUUUAAAGCACAUGUCAACCCUCCUGCGGAAGUGACUACAAGCCUAAAAGUAUUCCAGCACUUUACUCUAGAAAAUGCUUAUAAAGGAGUAGAAUGUUUCUGGACUUUUGCUCCAGUGGCUGGAGAUUAUAUUCUAUUCAACUUUUGGCAGCCACUGAACAUAGAAAGGUACUUUUUUAGAAGUGGAAAUCAGGAGCAUCCUGGAGACAAACUCUUUAAUACUACUGUAGAGGUUUUACCUAAAGAUGAGAUAGAUUUACAAUCUGCAGGAGGCAAUGCACAGAACCUAAACAUACGAACUCAGGAUGGAUAUUUUCAAAUAGGUGCAUUUGAAAAUGGAAUAGCAGAUGGCACCAUCAGCCCAUUUUUAGGAAGAAUACAAGCUCUUCGUUUAACUAUCCAAUCUAGUUCUCCUAUGUGGGUAUUACUGAGCGAGGUAUUUAUCAAGACGUAA